AUGUCUCGGAAGCCGUCGGCUGCCUUCUCGCACCACUUGGAAUUGGAGUCGCACAUAGAGGAAACCGCAAGGCGUCAUAUAAUGAAACCAAAAGACCCGCUACCACGUCAGCGCCAAGACGGUAAGUACAAGGAGGCAAGUCUGUGUCUACACAUGAAGCACUCCUUUGCAGAUGUCUUUGCCGCUACCCCCCCCCUCUCCCUGACCUCCAAGGCUGGCUGGGCCGGGGCUCUGGUGGAUGAGCUACAGAAGGCAGGCUACACAGUAUUUGUGAAGUGGAGUUCUCGGGCAAUGGCUACUUACAACAUAUUAGUGGACCAAGGCAAACCUGUUGCCGCUUUCAUUCAUGCCAUCUGUUGA